GGACAUGGAGUCCCGCCCCUCCCUGCCGAGAUUGGCUGGAGGAGUCGUGACGUCAUACAGGGCCCCCCUCGAAGUGGGCUUGUGAGUGGCUGCGUGGGGGUGCAUCGGGCGGGGUGUGGGAGAAGAGUGGUGACGCUAUACAGAGGCUCCGCCCCCUUCCUUGGAGCCGAGACAGUCGGGCUGCUGAAGCUCGGGCCAAUCAGAGGGGAGGCUCCAACGAUGGCAUGGUGAUGGAACGCCGCUGAGAGGUCUGACAAGAUGUACCAGGUCCCACUGCCACUGGACCGGGAUGGGACCCUGGUCCGGCUCCGCUUCACCCUGGUGGCCCUGGUCACAGUCUGCUGUCCACUUGUCGCCUUCCUCUUCUGCAUCCUCUGGUCCCUGCUCUUCCACUUCAAGGAGACUACGGCCACACACUGUGGGGAUGUUCUCUGCGGCCUCCCAGCCCUUGGACCCAGAUGGGACUGUGUUCCGGCUCCGCUUCACGGCCAUGAUCUGGUGGGUCAUCACUUUCCCCAUGUUCGGCUUCUUCUUCUGCAUCAUCUGGUCCCUGGUGUUCCACUUUGAGUACACGGUGGCCACUGACUGUGGGGUGCCCAACUACCUGCCUUCGGUGAGCUCGGCCAUUGGUGGGGAGGUGCCCCAGCGCUACGUGUGGCGCUUCUGCAUCGGCCUGCACUCAGCGCCCCGCUUCUUGGUGGCCUUCGCCUACUGGAACCACUACCUCAGCUGCGCGUCCCCGUGUCCUGGCUACCGCCCGCUUUGCCGCCUCAACUUUGGCCUCAACGUCGUCGAGAACCUCGCACUGCUAGUGCUCACUUACGUCUCCUCUUCCGAGGACUUCACCAUCCACGAAAAUGCUUUUAUUGUGUUCAUCGCCUCUUCCCUCAGUCACAUGCUCCUCACCUGCAUUCUCUGGCGGCUGACCAAGAAGCACACAGUAAGUCAGGAGGACCGCAAGUCCUACAACUGGAAACAGCGGCUUUUCGUCAUCAACUUCAUCUCCUUCUUCACGGCGCUGGCUGUCUACUUUCGGCACAACAUGUAUUGUGAGGCUGGAGUAUACACCAUCUUCGCCAUCCUGGAGUACACCGUUGUCCUAACCAACAUGGCGUUCCACAUGACAGCCUGGUGGGACUUCGGGAACAAGGAGCUGCUCAUUACCUCCCAGCCUGAGGAAAAGCGAUUCUAAACCCUUUCUCUCCUACUAGAAAGGAGGAGGCGGUCCACUGCCCAGAAACUAGAAACAAGACACCACUCUGGCCUUCCCCA